GAGCUGCGGUCAGUCGGGGCCUCACUUUAGGUACACAGUAAUGUAGGUAGGUACUGAAGACCGGGGGGCUCCUUCUCUCCCCGCUAGCUAGUUUGGCUUCGUACCCUGGUACCUACCUGAAGUAGGUACAUCGUACGCGCAGUCCCGAGUCUGGUUUGGCGUCGGCUGUCUGAAUUUCUGAAUUUGGUUUGCAUCAUCUGAUUGCUCGCCCGUCGUCCAAUUCUUUAUUCCUUACUUUUCCCUCCCAGACCCCCGACCUACGGAUACUCUCAUCUCUUCUGCCAGCUCAGUCUCUAGGAACACUAAUCCUGCACUCCCACCAGCCUUGUUGCAAUCUCGGUCCGCCUAUGAGCCGCUUGACCUGCCUUACAGAACCAACAAGUCGGUCAAACGAAUCAUCCAGACAGCGAGAGACAUCAAUAACCCCGGCAUCCCUACCUCUACCCUUCCUAUAGUUCCCUCCAAGCUAUUGCUGCCGGGUUUUGAACAAGGGUCGGAAGCAAACAGAAAACAACCCCAGAAACAUAAACCAGAGACAACCCGCCUCACCCUGUCAUAGCUCCCUCGUCCCUCUGAAACACUUUUUGCGAAUCCGGUGAGUUUUCCUAUUGCUUGUCAUCAACGCCAUAGCCUACCUCCCCCCCAAGUGACGAGUGUAGAAUUGCGAUUGUGUACACACCCGUACGCCAUCCACUUUGUCCUUCCCAAGCCAAAUUAACCACUUCUCCAUUACCUUGCAUUCCUGCACAACCCCGGCCGCCCAAAAAAGACACAAUCGCUGAGUACAAAUCCCUACAGGUCUCCGCCGACCCUCUCCUCCCAGCCAUCGCAAAGAAUCGCAAACACCACCCUUCGGAGAACCAAAAAGGCAAUCCAACACACAGCCCAACCGAAUCGCAGCAAUGGUUAAACACGCCCCGCUCGGCACUGCUGCCAUCGUUUUCCUCUCGGGCUCCAUCGUCCUGCUGCUCUUCGUCAUUCUCUCUGCUGUCCGCGACGCCGCGCCCCUCAACAACACCUUUUUCCUCGAGGCUGACACCACCGGUAUUACCGGCGCACGCAACGGACUGACGCGAUGGAACUACUUCUACUACUGCAAUGAUCAGAACGCAGAGUGCUGGGGUGCCUGGCCUGCCCCGGCCUUUGGCUGGGCUUGGGGCCGUGAUGCGGCCAACGUUCCCACCGGUCUUUCAGGUAGCCACGGAGGCGGCACCACCAGCACCGAGUACUUCUACAUGUGGCGCUUCGGCUGGGUCACGUACCUGAUUGCCCUCUUCUUUAUGGCUCUGGCCUGGUUCGCCAGCUUCCUCGCCUGCUGCGGUCGUCUCGGCGCCGCUGUCGCCGGCCUGGUCUCCGCCUCGGCUCUCUUCUUCCUGACCGUUGCCGCCUCUUUGAUGACCGCAACAUUCGUCAAGGCACGCAACGCUUUCCAGGCCGAAGGUCGCGAGGCCCACAUUGGCACCUACGCCUUUGGCUUCACCUGGGGAGCCUGGGCCGCUCUUCUCAUCGCGACCCUCCUGUUCUGCAUCGGCAUCCGCGGCGACAAGGGCUACUCUGGAGGCAGCCGCUUCAGCCGCAAGCGCAGCACUCGCAGCCGCCAGUCGUUCGACGUCAACAGCAGCCGCCGUGUCAAGGAAGACUACGCAUAAGUCAGCUGCUGGCCGUUCACAGCAAAGGAGCACCACGAAUAUACUCGCAACAUUUCCCAAUCUUGGGGACCAUUCCAACGUGUAAAGGAUGUUGUAUUAAUGAUAUGUCCAUCGUGUGUGUUGUAUUUACGCGAUCAUGUUAUCUUGUUUCUGCAUUUCGCUGGCGUUUUGGAAGAGCCGCAUACACCCAUGAGGUCUUCCUAGGAUGGAUUGAUGGUCAACCUCUUGUCCAUGGCCUUGGAGUUAUGCGUCUAUUAGUCCCCGGCACCAACAUAUACCACUCUUUAGGUCUACUUCAAACUAAUAGACUAAUACCGUAAAACUUUGUCACUCCAG